AGUCAAAAUCAAAAUUUAGAGAGAGAAAUUAGAGAGAGAAAGAAGGGAGAAGGAGUUCAUCGUUUCAGUCCAAACAUUCAGCCUUCUCUUGUUCUCUCUUCAUUUAUGAUGGAUAUCUAAAGUCAAAUGAACGAUCAAAGAUAAACCCUAGUACAGUGCUACUCUUUCCUCUACUUUUGCUAUACACGAAUUGAUUUGUUCUAGCUCCAAUUGAACGUACAUUUCCUUUGACCUUCUGAAUUUGGUCGGACCCUCUGGUCAAUUUUGGAUUCCUUGCGGUUCUCCAGGGGAUCGAUUGAUUGUCAGAAGCAAUUUGAUCUGAAAGGUGGUGAAUUUCAAAUUCUAGUGUUUUGGAUCCGAUCGGGGGAGAAACAGCGCCAUUAAAUGGCGCUGUUCAGAAGAUUCUUUUACCGGAAGCCACCGGAUCGGCUUCUUGAGAUCUCUGAGAGAGUUUAUGUUUUUGAUUGUUGCUUCUCCACGGAUGCAUUGGGAGAAAAUGAAUAUAAAGCAUACCUGAAUGGUAUUGUAGCUCAAUUACAAGACCACUAUCCUGAUGCUUCCUUCAUGGUUUUUAACUUUAGAGAAGGGGAUAAGAGAAGCCAGGUUUCAGACAUUCUGUCUCAGUAUGACAUGACAGUAAUGGAAUACCCCCGGCAAUAUGAAGGAUGUCAAUUGUUACCUCUGGAGAUGAUUCACCACUUCCUCAGAUCCAGCGAAAGCUGGUUGUCGUUGGAGGGGCAACAGAAUGUUUUGCUCAUGCAUUGUGAAAGGGAAGGAUGGUCAGUCCUUGCCUUUAUGCUUGCAGGUCUCCUUCUUUAUCGCAAACAGUAUACUGGUGAACAAAAGACACUUGACAUGGUAUACAAACAAGCUCCCAGAGAACUUCUUCAUUUUUUCUCUCCUGUAAAUCCACAACCUUCUCAGCUAAGAUAUCUUCAGUACAUCUCGAGACGAAGUUUUAGUUCUGAUUGGCCACCUUCAGAUACACCCCUGGCUCUAGAUUGUAUUAUACUCAGAGACCUUCCCUUUUUUGAUGGAGCGACAGGUUGCCGACCUAUUGUUCGUGUUUAUGGGCAAGACCCUACUUCCUCCACUGCUAAUAGAAGUUCCAAACUCUUGUUUUCAUCUUUAAAGAAAAAAAAUCAUGCUCGUCUUUAUCAACAGGAAGAGUGUGAGCUUGUUAAGAUACCUAUUCAUCGUCGCAUUCAAGGGGAUGUAGUUCUUGAAUGCCUUCAUUUGUAUGAUGACUUGGUAAAGGAGGAAGUGAUUCUCAGGAUUAUGUUUCAAACAGCGUUUGUUCGAUCAAAUGUACUAGUGUUAAAUCGUGAUGAAAUUGAUGUUCUGUGGGAUGCAAAAGAUCAGUUUUCAAAAGACUUCAGAGCAGAGGUACGCUUCUCAGAUGCUGAUGCCAUUCCAUCUAUUACUUCCACAGAAGCAGCUAUUGAGGAUGAUAAUGAGGCAGAAAGUGCUUUUCCUGAAGAGUUUUUUGAGGUUGAGGAGAUCUUUAGCAAUGCCAUAGAUGGUCAUUAUGGAAAGAUGGAUGUUGAUUCACAAACAAGUGUAGAAAAUUUUCUUGGUGAUACCAGCAAUGAAGCUAUCGGAUCUCACAUGUUUGAGGACUGCACAACAGAUAGUGGGAUUCCUAAAACAGGUGGAAAAAAGGAUUUACAUACUAAAGUGAUAAUAACGGCUAUUCCUGAUGCAACAAAUAUCAUGGUGGAUGAUAGUGUAGUAGGAAUGGAUAUGCAAGCUAAUUUGGAAAUCAAGAUACCUGUUGUAGAUGGUAAGAAUCUCAGACAAAAUGGAAAACUGGAUUCUGAUAUAAAUGAUGUAGCUCAAAGCACUUCAAUAAAUACAGAUACUGAGGUUAUAGAUAAUGGAGUAAAGGAAUAUGAUAUGUCAUCUAAUGUAGAAAUGGAGAUUCCUGUUGCAGAGGCCAAUGUCAAUUUAGCAAACAUUGAAAAUGGAGAAGAUUAUGAAAAUGCGUAUGCCUAUGGCUUGCACAACCCGGGUUCAGAACAUAAGUUGCAAGUUGAUACAUCGAGACAAAAAUCUGAUAAUCCUAAUACACUUAUGUCAGCGAACCAACCAACUGAAGAUGCAAAACCUACAAUUGAUUCAGUUGCAGCCAAACAAAAGUUGAGCCAACAAGAAGAAGGUCAGGGUUUUCUUGCAAGACGAGCAAAGCCAAAUAUUGUGUCCCGCUGGAUCCCUACUAACAAUGACCCUUACCACAAUUCGAUGCAUGUUUCAUAUCCACCAUCAAGGUAUAAUAGUGCACCACCUAUGCUGGCAAUUGGAAAAGACUCUCAUUUUGGUGUUAAAUCCAAGGCUUCCACAACUAUUGCUCCUAAUGUUUUAGGAGUUGUGACCUCAAAUUGUGAUUGUGGUCCAAACAAUCCACCAGCUCUAGAUGCAUCAAUUUUGUGUACUUCACCCCUGAAUCCAUCAUCAUUGUCAGUUCAUGUAACUCAAGAUAUGACCCCAGAAAAGGCACAAGGUCCCUCUCUCCCCCAUCCUCUUUCACUGACUACUUGGAAGGAUGAUUUUGCAGCUAAUAAUUCUGAACGAUUAAUAUGUGCAGAUUCUUCUCAUAUGGCUCCACCUCCAUCACACACAUUGUAUGGAGUUUCUCCUUCUCUGGCACAUACAUCUUUAUCCAAUGCAUUUGUGAUAACUCCACCUCCAUCUCCACCUUUUAUUGCCCCACAUCAACCAUGUUCCCCACAUAUUGGUACAUCACACCCAAAACCUCCAUCUCCACGUGUUAUUGCCCCUCAUCCACACUCAACAUCAAUACCACCCCCACCACCACUUCCUUCACGAGGUUUUGCUUCCCUAACCCCACCACCGCUAGCUCCUUCACGCGGUUUUGCAUCCCCACCCCAACCACCGCCUCCCCCACCGCCACCUCCUUCACGAGGUUUUGCAUCCCCAACCCCACCACCACUAUCAAAAGGUUUUGCAUCCCAGCUAUCGCAACCUCCAUCACGUGGUGGAGCUACCCCUCCACCACCGCCACCACCUCCACCAAUUUGGGGAGCACAAUCUCAUAUAAUUGGAGCUUUGCCUCCACCUCCUCCCCCACUUUCGUUUCGUGGAAAAGCUCCCCCUCCUCCGCCUCCUCCUCCGUUUCGCAACGGAGCUCCCUCACCUCCCCCACUUACGUUUCAUGGCAAAGCUCCCCCUCCUCCGCCACCGCCUCCGUUUCGCGACGGAGCUCCCCCUCCUUCGCUUCACGGCGGAGCUCCCCCACCGCCUCCUCCACCGCCUCCUCCUCCCCCGCCUUUGUUUCGCGGCGGAGAUCCCUCUCCGACGCCGCCUCCGCUUCGCGGAAGAGCUCCCCCUCCUCCGGCGCCGCCUCCGCCUCCCCCGCCUCCAUUUCGCGGCGGGGCUCCCCCUCCUUCGGCGCCACCUCCACCUCCCCCGCCUCCGUUUCGCGGCGGAGCUCCCCCUCCUCCAGCGCCGCCUCCCCCGCCUCCGUUUCGCGGCGGGGCUCCCCCUCCUCCGGCGCCGCCUCCGCCUCCCCCGCCUCCGUUUCGCGGUGGGACUCCCCCUCCUUCGGCGCCACCUCCACCUCCCCCGCCUCCGUUUCGCGGCGGAGCUCCCCCUCCUCCGGCGCCGCCUCCCCCGCCUCCGCUUCGCGGCGGAGCUACCCCUCCUUCUGCCCCGCCCCCUCCUCCGCCGCCUCCGUUUCGCGUCGGAGCUCCCCCACCGCCGCCGCCUCCGCUACGCGGCGGAGCUCCCCCACCGCCGCCGCCUCCGAUUCGCGGCGGAGCUCCCCCACCGCCGCCGCCUCCGAUUCGUGGCGGAGUUCCUCCGCCGUCGCCUCUUCUACGGGGUGAAGUUGGAGCUCCACCUCCGCCCCCGCCUCCAUUUCGCGGUGGAGCACCCCCUCCAUCCUCUAAUAGAGGACCGCCUCCACCACCUCCACCACUAGGAGGUCGAGCACCUGGUCCUCCUCCACUCGGACCUCCUAUGCCUCUUGGAAGUGGACCUCCACCACCUCCACCUUUUGGCUCUAAAGGAACAACUGGAGGUGCACCCCCUCCACCAAUGGGAAGAGGUCGUGGGCCUCUGCGUCCAGUAACACCUUCUGUAGUUGCCCGAAGGUCUAAUUUAAAGCCUUUUCACUGGAACAAGGUAACUAGGCCAUUGAAAGGAAGUUUGUGGGAAGAACUACUAAGGCAUGGAGAGCCUCAAAGUGCUCCAGAAUUCGAUGUAUCAGAACUGGAGACUCUUUUCUCUGCAAUAGUCCCAAAAUCAGAUAGCUCAGGAACUAAAACUGGAGGUCGAAGAAAAUCAGUUGGCUCAAAACCUGACAAAGUACAGCUGGUUGACCUGAGGAGGGCAAACAACACUGAAAUUAUGCUGACAAAAGUUAAAAUGCCAUUACCUGAUAUGAUGGCUGCAGUUCUAGCAAUGGAUAAUUCAGUUUUGGAUGCCGAUCAAGUGGAAAACCUAAUAAAGUUUUGCCCCACAAAAGAGGAAAUGGACAUGAUUAAGAAUUACACAGGUGACAAGGAGAGCCUUGGAAAAUGUGAACAGUUUUUUAUGGAGCUAAUGAAGGUUCCACGAGUUGAAUCUAAACUAAGAGUGUUUCUUUUCAAAAUUCAGUUUAAUUCACAGAUUUCUGAUUUUAAGAAGAGUUUAAACUUGGUGAAUUCUGCAUGUCAGGAGGUUAGGAACUCCCUCAAAUUGAAGGAAAUCAUGAAGAAAAUCCUAUACUUGGGGAAUACCUUAAAUCAAGGAACUGCAAGGGGUUCUGCAGUUGGAUUCAAAUUGGACAGUCUUCUGAAACUAACAGAUACACGUGCUACAAACAAUAAGAUGACGCUCAUGCAUUAUCUUUGUAAGGUCCUUGCCUCCAAGUCACCUGCUCUUCUGGACUUCCAUGCUGACCUAGUUAGCUUGGAAACUGCAUCAAAGAUACAACUGAAAUCCUUAGUAGAAGAAAUGCAAGCAAUUAUCAAAGGACUGGAAAAGGUGAAGCAGGAGUUAGCUGCAUCUGAAAAUGAUGGUCCAGUAUCUGAAGUUUUCUGCAAGACAUUGAAGGAAUUUGUUGGUGUUGCUGAGACAGAAGUGGCAUCCUUAACUAAUUUAUACUCAAUCGUGGGCCGAAAUGCAGAUGCACUUGCUCUUUAUUUCGGUGAAGACCCUGCUAAAUUCCCAUUUGAGCAAGCGACAGCAACCCUCCUUAACUUUGUAAGAUUGUUUACAAAAGCCCAUGAAGAGAAUUGCAAACAGGCUGAGUUGGAGAAGAAGAAAGCUCAGAAAGAAGUGGAAAUGGAGAAAGCAAAAGGGAUCAGCCUGACUAAGAAGAUUGGAAAUAGAUGAGAGAUAUUAUUGCAUGCACUUUUCUUUGAAACCGUUAAUAAGUGGCACUUGCAGUUGUGUCAGGCCUCCCAAGCUUUGACAUGAAGCAAAACAUCAUCCUUAUACCACUUUGCUGCCAUUUGAACAGCUCAUCUGCUGUUAUUGUUGUAGAACAGGAACAAAAUCUGUUCACAUUCAGAGUGUGGCUGUGGCACACACAACAGUUGCCCGCCCAUAUGGUUCCACAGAUCCCCCGUGGGGUUGUCGUGAAUAAAGCUGACGUGGCUGAAGAAGUUGUAAUGGUAACUACUAAAGCAGCCCAGCCUGGCCUGGCCCGGUUGUGAAACAUUUAUAAGACUGACUGGGGAGGCUGGGUUUACUGACUGACUUGUCUGACUAUUAUGAAUGUUAUACUACAAACUCAAAAGCAAAUAUGUGGGAUAACAAAGCAAGCAGAAUCCCACAAAUGUACCUUACUUAUGAGGAAGAGCUCUAGCAAAAUGUAAUUUAGUAGGUUCUUAUUAAUGUGAUUCUUUCCCUUGUACAAUAUUCACCUACCUAAUUAAAAUUUUGAUGAUAGUAACAUUUGUUGUAUAGUAGAGUAGAGAGAGCCUAUUUUAGUUGGCAGUUGUAAAAUUAGGCUGAAUAUAUGUAAGUAGGUUUGGGAAUCUUCUAGAUUCUAUUCUUUCAAGUAAGAUUUUGUUUGAUUGUUUCAAUAAUGGAAAGGAAACUUGUUUCUUUUUC